UAUUCAAAAACUAAAUCGAUGAGCGAAAUCGAUGGGAGUCGCUCCAGUCAGUUGUUCGCCUGUCUUCAAACACGGCGGUUCAACGGUUCAAAAGCGAUUCGAAAGAGUGAUUUUUGGAAGUGAUUCGAAAGCGAUAUUAGUGUCCGAUUGGCGAUAAAAACAGCAGGUGAAAUAGCGCCGAAGUAAUCGAUAUCCAGGCCAUAGCACCAAUGAGCCGCAUAAGUGGGAGAGAGACGGACGCGAGCGGUACGGAGGAGCAACUGCAACGUGAAAGCAUUGCGGCGGAACAGCUGCAACGCAAACGGGAGCGGGAUCUCAAGGAGCUGCUCGUGUGGUUCCAGCAAAAUGACAAGCUGCCCAAGGAGAUUGAGCCCCUGUUGCUCCGGCGCUUCUACCAGUGCAUGUUUGGGGACUUGGCGGAGACCCAGAAUCUCAUCGAGGUGAACUACGCCCUGCGCAACCGGCAUCCGCAUCUCUUUAUCAAGAGGGAUCCUCUAGACGCGGACAGCAAGCGCACCUUUGAUUAUGCAUUUUUCAGUAACAUUCUACCGCUCCCGGGUAUAACGCCGGACAAAUGCAAGGUAUCCCUAUACUGUUUCCGGGAAUUUGAGGCCACCAAGAUGCACCAUACGGAGGACACACGCGCAUUCUUCAUGGUCAGCGAUUGUCGUUUUGUGACGCCGGAUGAUGCCGAAAAUCCGGAUGUUUUAUCCGAUGGGGAGGUGCAGAUUUUCGACAUGAAGGGCACUACUAUGCGGCACAUUUCGCGACUGACGAUCAGCACUCUACGCGCCUACAUCAAGUUCCUCCAGCUGGCCUAUCCCGUGCGCCUGCGCGCCAUCCACAUGAUCAACUGUCCAUCUUACUUGGAUCGAAUCGUCAGUGUGGUGAAGCCCUUCAUCAGCGAAGAGGUUUUCAAACUGAUCCGCUUUCACACGGUGAGCAUUGAUACUUUGUAUGAAUUUGUGCCGCAGGAGAUGCUGCCAGAGGAAUAUGGCGGAAAUGCUGGAUCCUUGGAAACACUGCGGACCCAGACCCAAAAGAGCUUGGCUGACCAUCGCGACUAUCUAAUGGACCCCAAGCACUGGGUGGUGGAGAAACCGGAGAAGCGUAACGGCAGCUCGUGGAGAUUUUUCAAGUGAUUGACAGGGCAUAAUGGCCCGGUAUUUUUUUUUCAUAUGGGGUUGAAUUGGUAAUCUUUUCCAACCAAAGGCGGUUGAAUUUCGUAUUGAUGUACGGUUCAAUUUCAACCCAAAGUGGUUGGAAGAGAUUUCUGUAACACUCCAGAUAGACUUAAUAUAUGUGCCUGUGUACGUAAAUGGUUCCUGCGGCAUUUCGUCUCUUAAAUAAAGCUCUUAUUGUAAUUACUUA